ACCCUGUACAACUUUGGUACGCGACUUGUCAAACUUUUGUUGGACUGGGACUUUCUACGAGUGAGAAAAAAUUUCAUUGGCUUUAAAAUGGAAAUAUGUUGGUAAAAUUAGAAAACAAAGUUAUUGGCGAGUCCGAAGUGGUAAUCUUAUCAUCGAAAUAUUUAACUCGAGUGGAAAUGUUUGAUAGAAAAAUUACUUCGUAAAGUAAGCAUAUCGCGUCUACAUGACGACAGGGCGGAUUAAUCGGAAUACAUUACAAAGAAAACGCGAUGAAAUUAUUCAAGGUUUUCACCGAGUGCGUUUUGUGCUGAAAUUUUUGUAACAAAGAAAUAUUACAACAAAUUUAAACAAAAUAUAAUUUUAUCAACAAAACCAAAGCAUAAGCCAACAAUACGAUAAAUCAGUAUCCUUAAAAACGAAUUGGGGAAAACGUAGAUAGACGUUGGAAGAAAUUUUGGUAUCAAAAAUCAGUAAUAACCAACAUAUCUAUAUAAGCAAACAGUAACAACAACGAAAUUAGUGCGUGCUGCAAUUAAUGUUGUAGUGACUGUGCCUAGUACAUAAAUACAUACAUAUGUAUUUACCAAAGAGCGGAAGUUCAAUUUGCGAAUAAUAUUUAGGACAAAUCUAAGUGCAAUCUUCGAGCGCAGUUUUACGUUUUCCGUUGUUUUACUUCACAGCAUGCAAGGUACUCGUCGGAAGCACUGCAUUUUCCACCAUAGAUAAAUGGUAACGGCAUUUGACGAUCGAGGUAAAAGGGAACCUAGGAAAGAACAUUUAAUACUGCGCCGUUAAUGCCAACGCCACUCUCGUCAUAUUAGAGGUAGAAGUACUAUAGCUUUAAGUACUUGCAUGUCGAGAAGUCGGUUUUAAAAAGAUUUCAGCAAGGCAUUGGGUUCAGCAAAUGUACACGUAUAGGACUUUCAACACAUUAUAAUUGCGCAAUAUUCCUCUGAAAUAAUUGGAAACGAAAAAGCAAACAAUUCGACGACUUGAUCGCAGAUCUCUACGUUUUCCAUAAAAAUCGUUUGCAAUAUAAUAAAUGCUAAGUGGUGAUCAAAAGAAAAUAUGCAAAUAACGUCAGAAAACGUGUAAAUAAAAUUUGCCAAAUAGUCGUACAAACACCUUAAUUUGCGGACAAAGAGACACUAACAGACUGCCGCAUAUACAAUAUACAAUACAAUCACAAUCUCAAAAGGAUGACUUUAAUUUCCUGGAGAAAUUAAAAAAGGCGUAUCAUUUGCUAAAUUAUUUUGACAGUCAUUAGCAGUCAAAGGAAAUUUACAUCAUAAGAAUAUACGAAAUAUCAAAACCGACAUGAAGUAUACCACUGGAGAUAAUAGUGGCAAUAGCCAGAACAUGUGUGGAACCAAUGACCAAACUCCUAAAACAUUUGACUUUGCCCGAAAUCAGAGUCCAAUUACAUUUAGUGAACAGGUUACUACUGUGACGAGGUUUUUUGAAGGAUGGAAUGAUUGCGAACGAACAGUUGUUAUAUAUGCCCUGCUGAAGCGCCUGAGGUAUCCUAGUUUAAAAUUCUUACAAUACGCUAUUGACCACGCCCUGACGCAAAGCUUAGGCUCAGAUUCUAACCUAAGUAGUGUUAUCAUCGACAUAAAUGCGAACAAUCCAUCGUAUUUGCAAAAUCUAUUAAACGCCUAUAGGACGUUGCACUUGAACGACGCCGUGGACGCUCUGACAUCGGGCUCUUUGGACAAGGAAUCCAUGCCAUGCUAUGGUUCUGAUUUUCAAAUCACAAACUGCGAUGAACGCAAAUUAUACGAGAAAAAGAAGGAGAUACUGUGCGAAGUUUUGAACAUGUUACCGCUAUUGAAACCGGGAAACGAUGACGCCAAGUUAGCUUAUUUGGCUCUCGUUCCAGCAGCAGUGAGGGACACUAUGAAUCAGCGGGUCCCCACAGAGUUGGUACAACAAAUAUUUUCGUACUUACUCAUCCACCCCGCUAUAAGUAACGAAGACCGCCGCUCGCUCAGUGUUUGGUUGCGACAUCUGGAAGAUCAUUUGCAUGCUACCGAUAAGUUGACGGAUCCGAAAAACCCCAACAACUAUACCAUCAACCAGAGCAUAGCUGCUGGGUCGGAUGCUUCAGUUUCCUCAAUAACAUCGUCGUCAUCUAUGUCGAACAAUUCGAUGUCAUCAUCGGGCAGUUCGGCAGCAGGGCACAUAUCGACUUCGCAUACAAUGCCAAGGAGCAUUGAUUGGCAAACCAUUGCUCCGCCAAGCAAACAGCACCACUUAGUGCAACAAACUCCGCUUCCACAGCCAAAGUCACACCCGGACUGGUCCAGCUUUCCGCGGAGAGAUAGUGGGUUCUCAAACAGUUGCUUAAAUAAUUUGAGCGGUAUAAGCUCAAGUAGUAGCGGCAGCAGUUGUAGUAAUCGGCGAAACAGUAGCAUUACUGACCAACUCUGUGAUAAUUUCAAUGGUAUUAAUCUAAACGAAUUAGGAUCUAGUCAAAACAAGAUGGGCUUGUCUUUGGGGAUCGCAACCAUUGGGUGUGACACAAAUCCAGAGGAAUCAUCAUUGGUAAAUGGAGUGGCUGCAGCAGCCGCCGCAACUGCUGGCACUACAAUACCUGGCCUUUUUGGCAACAGCAAUAAUACGCCAAUGAUAAACAUCGUGAGCAGUGGUGCCAAUGACACAAGCCUAUGUGCCAGCACCAGUGCCAAUAAUCCCAACAACGAUGACCAUGAUACAUCCUUUUCCAAGAAUGGCACCGAAAUCGUCGACUUUGAGCCUCACGUGACCAUCAACGUUAGCGAAGAAUGCAAAAAUGGUGCUUCAGUGCCUGCAGGCCAUGAACAAAAUGCAAACAAUCAAUUACAGCAAAAGUCCCAAAUGGAAUUUACUUCGAUGACGGCAGGUAAUUAUGAACAGAUGGAUGUGACUCGCUGGAGCUUAGAUGGAAAACUGGGUGCACUUAAAACUCGACGCUCUAAUAGCCUUACUACACAAGCAAUAUCCACAUCUUCGUCGUCUUCUAAUUCUUCGGUGAUUACAGUCAAUGACAACUGUUCAAAUUCCACUGAAAAUUUGGCACAGUUUGCAAAUAAGCCUAGAAGUUUCUCGCUUUCCAUAGAACAUCAGCGUGGUGUUUUAGCCAAUAGUGGUUCAGAUACACGCCUCGAUGAUUUCAAGCCCGGUUAUAUAAAAUUUCAAACACGAAAUGUCGGCAUGUCAAAUAUUGGCUUGUGGUUGAAGUCUUUGCGCUUACAUAAGUACAUUGAUCUCUUCAAGAAUAUGACAUAUGAAGAUAUGCUUUGUAUCACUGAAGAGUAUUUGCAAGGUUUAGGCGUCACCAAAGGCGCUUCGCACAAGCUAGCACUCUGCAUAGAAAAACUCAAGGACCGCUCGCCUCACUUAAGCAAACUGGAGCAGGAUUUGCGAAAUGGUCAAACGAAAAUACAAGCGGCUGUAGAGGAUUUAGCCAACAUGGUACUCUCUCCCAUGAAACCUGUUGAAGCUUUUAGUAGUGGAGCAAACGAAGACAAUGUAGCGCUCGGCUUUCUGAAAGUGGUUGAUAUAGUGAGCUCUAUGAUUCAACACGACACUGGCGCGUCGCAGGACGAGGAAAACAUUAACGUACUGAUGUGGGUUCUUGACCGUUCCAUACACAACGAGGCUUUUGUGAACCAAUCCACCCAGCUUAAGGAAUUAAAGUUCAAACUGUCAAAGCUAAAAAUGUCGAUUGGGCACAAAGCGCACCACGUCAAAAAUGGAAGUGUAGGAAAUUUAAAUAAGCCUAGGUGGGGUGGUAAAUCGCGCAAAUGUGACGUAAAAAAUGGAAGCAAUGACCGCAUCAACCAUAGAAAAAAUUCGAAUGAUACGCUAAACUUCUCAAUCAACGGCGUACCUACAACGCAGCAGCAACAGCACCAUGGCAUUCAUGCUCAACCGGCUGAUUUCGAAAAGGUCGCUCACCUAAACGUUGGUGCUAAUAACAGCGGCAAUAACGGGGUAUCGCAGCAGCAAUACAAAAGUUCGUCAUAUCCCAAUUUCAUGAGCAACCAACAUCAGCAGGGAAAGCAGCAACAUCAAAAUCAUCAUUCACAAUUAUCGCAACAACAACAACAACAGAUGCAACCUGCAGUUCUGUCACACCAUGCUCAUUUUCCGGCGCUACCUUCACACCAACAGCAGCAGCAACCCCAACAACAUCAUCGGCGAUCCCUUAAUAAUUUAAUAGUGGUGUCUGGAGGACCACAGCAAGCCCAAAAAAUGACCUUUAAACCAGGUCAAGGCAUUGUACCUGUAGUGCCAACGUCCACCGAAAGCCAACUACGCCGUACUAGUCUUACAACAACGAUCACUAAUCAAAGCAGUAAUAAUGUUAAUUUGCCAUCUACGUUUGCCCCAAGUGUUGGAAAUGUAGCCGCCGGCAAUGGCGACUCGUCAAAGCAAAAACCAAAUAUACUGCAAGCACAACACCAACAACAAACAAAGCAGACAAUGACAUCAGCUGUAAUGGUUAGUACCGACGAACUUGCACUUGGAGGUGUGAUCGGCCCACAACAACAACCUCAACAACACUCACAUCUAAUAAAUAACAACAGUAGCAUGCUAAAUAAUAAUUUACUUUGCCAACAGCAGCAGCAACAGUUGCAGCUAUUAGCCGCUGCAGCCGCAGCUGUUGGCAACAGCUGUCGAAAUAGCAACUUAUUGAACUGUCUGUGCAAUGUUAACGCUAACGGUAGCAACAAUUGUAGUAAAACCAACUGUUGUAGUGUCAAUAAUGCCAAUAGUUGUAGCAAUUUACCGACCCAAUUCAUCGAGCCACAUAGCGGCAACCAACGUUCGUCUCUAGCAACCCCUGCAACAAUGCCACUGUUAAAUAAUAUAAAUAUGUCGCUGAAAGAUAAAUUCCCUACCAAAGGUUCCUUGUCCAAUUCUGCUGCUGUAAAUAUGAACGACAUUAAUAGUUUAGAUCAACUAGAAACGCUCUGCUUGCAAAUGACCGAACAGGCAAUCAACUAGGAUUGUUAAUUCCUUUGGUUAUAUUUGAUGAAUUUUUUUUUUUCGUUCAACGCAGAUAAUGGUUGCAUUUUGUUUGAUACUUGGUACUUGUUGUAGAUAUUUUUGGUUUCUGUCUUUCAUUAACUUUACUUUCCUCUGUUAGACAAAUUGUAACUACUAACCUAGACGAAGUUGAUUAUAUACAAGUAUUUAGAAUAUUGCCACUAUUUAACUUGUUAAAUGGAUUUAGCUAGUUAAUUAGUGGAAACCCAGUUAAAUCAAACAUACCAUUAGUUAGUCAACGACGUAAGCGUCAUAAGUAGUUGUGGUAUACCUGAUUUUGUGGUUAGAUGUAUAUUUUCCGAAUUGUAAUUGAUUCCGCUUUUUUGUUCUCUUUGUUUCUUUAAUUAUUCAGGAGAAUUUUUCGAAUUUCGAAGAGAUCUUUACUCUAUUCUAACAUUUUGAGAAGUGACGUAAUCAGACUAAACCUUUCAAAGGUAUACACAAACCAAUUUCAGCGAAUUUUUGGGGUCAUAGGUCUAAUCAUUGAACAAAUGUGAAUUGUUUUUGUUUAAUUUCCUAGUAAAUCCAUUCUACCGUUGGAUAAGGAAGCCUGGAAACAGAAAGCAUGUUCUAAUCAAGAUAGAAGUAAUUACAAAAUGCAUCGCGACAAUGAGACUGACUAAAAUUACUUUCUGUUGCUAGGAAUAAACGUUUGAAUGCCCCUGAAAACUCUGAUGGCCAACUGUUGACACUAAUUCAAUUGAAUGAAUAAUGAGAGCCGAUUAUUACCUGGAUAAAACUCAUCACAAUGACAGGCGCCGCUCUCGUACGGAACGUAAUUGCUGAAUUUAAUUUUAACUAAAAAAAUAAUGCAACAUAUUUAGAAUUUUAGUAGUAAAAUACUUAAAUAUUUUACUAAGGUAUUUAGCAGGAAUGAGAAAUUUCGACUAAUCAAGGCACACUGUGUAAAGCUGAACUUAUAUCUUAUAAUACGCAUGAAUGCAUGUAUCGAUUUAAGAUGUCAACUAUAUAUACUAAAUAAUAUUUAACAUAGCUAAGCUGAAAUUACAUAUAUAUAGUCGUAUAGACCCUUUUUGUAAGCCCCUUGCGUAGCAUUUCGGCAUAAUCUUGUUGUUGUAAGAGCAUACGAACUCGCCAGAAAGUGUGUGGGAAUACUGCUGGAGUGGCAGUCCUUGGCCAAAUAUAAAUCUGGUUCGUUCCAGUUACGUAUGUAGGUCUGACUGUCCUGGGAACGAUCUCAGCAUAAUAGUUGGGGGA